GGCAGGGUGAGUCCCCUCUGGCACAGAGCACAGGAAGGAGCCAGGAGGGCAAAGCCAGGCUGAGGUGCAGCCCUGGCAGUGUUGGUCACAUCCCAAGCACAUCCCUGCUCUUCCCUGUUCGGAUCCAUCCUGGGAGCUGGGCAGCAGCACCCAAACCCAGAGCAAACACCUGGAGAGGGGCACCCCCCAGCCCUAGAGGGUGUGCGAGGGUGGGGAGCCCAAAAAGCAGCUGCUGCACCCCAAAGACCUCCGUGCCACGAGCGUGAGGGAGGGGAGGAGGGUCCAUCCAUCACCUCCUGCUCCCUGCAGCUCCCUCACCCUCUGGGCACCCUCGGGGUGCUGGUCCUGGCCGGGUCCAUCCCCGCAUCCUUUCCUUGGUGUCAGACUCGAGCAGCUGCGCUGCCAGAGCUCUUUGUGCUGAAACAACAACAGCCAAACCAAGCAGUCAAUUUUCCAGCAAUUAGCUCCAGCGAGAACAUUUCAAGUCCUCCAAAAACCCCGCCUCGCAGGAUUAAUUAAAUCUUCCAAUUAAUGUCUAAUUUAAAUGAUGAUGAUGGCUGUUAUCAUUUCAUAUUGAUUUUUUUUGUUGUUGUUUUUGUUUUUGUUUUUUCCUUUCCAGUCUUAAAAUAGAGCUGUUGUCCCUUCCAGGGCCGCCUUUUCCACACCCCAGGAGCUGUUUGUUCCCUCUGUUUGAUUUGCCAACGGUUAAACAUGUGUCUGGAAAAUCCAAAGCCUGGUAUUUUCGGGGGGACAUCGACGGGCACCUGUGCCAAGGGGGGGGCCCGGCCACGUAUUCGGGGAUGUUUGUGCCGAAAAAUCCGUGUCUGGAGCAUGAACUCCCCCCGCAGUGAACACGCUGGGAAAUGGGGCUCCUGGCGUUAUUAAAUUUUUCCUGCUGUAAACCCCAAUCCAUUGCUUUCUCCAGGCUCACACAGCCAUAAACCUCGCUGCUGCUCUGCUUCCAGAAUAAGCCGGGCAUUUAUGUUUCCCAGGAGCUGGUUCAUUGGUGUAAUGGAUGUGUAACCUCCUGGAAUUGCCAAGGUUAUUCCAGAGCUCGCACGCGAGUCCCGGCUCCGGCGGCUCCGGCCGGACGAGGAGCUCCCGACACUCCCAGGGCUCCCAGCCUGGCUUGGCCGACCAAGCCAAACUCUCCUUCGCCUCGGCCGAAUCCCUGGAAACGAUGUCGGAAGCGGAGCUGCCCCUGGGCUUCAACAGGAUGAACCGGUUCCGGCAGAGCUUGCCCCUGUCCCGGUCCACCAGCCAGACCAAGCUGCGAUCUCCAGGGGUCCUUUUCCUGCAGUUCGGGGACGAGACGAGGCGCGUGCACAUCACCCACGAGAUCAGCAGCAUGGACACCCUGCACGCCCUCAUCGUGCACAUGUUCCCCCAGAAGCUCACCAUGGGCAUGCUCAAGUCCCCCAACACCGCCAUCCUCAUCAAGGACGAGUCCCGGAACGUCUUCUACGAGCUGGAGGAUGUCCGCGACAUCCAGGACAGAAGCAUCAUUAAAAUCUACCGGAAAGAGCCACUCUACGCCUCGUUCCCAGCCUCCCACAUCACCAACGGUGACCUGAGGAGGGAGAUGGUGUACACGUCCAGGGAAUCGUCUCCCACCCGCCGGCUCAACAACAUGUCCCCGGCGUCCCACCUGCCGCGGGGCCCCACCCCGCCCUUCCCCACCCCAAAUUCUUGGCGGGGACCCAAAAUCGACCCGAAACGCCCCAAAAAACAACCUGGAACCCCCCCCGGACCCCCCGGGCACACCCGGAAACCUCAAAUCCCCCCAAAACACCCCAAAAUCCCCCCAAAAUGCCCCCAAAACGCCCCCGAAACCCCCCCAAACCCCCUCAAAUCCUCCUAA